GCACACGCACUUACGCGCCCGCCCGUAGUCGCGACGUCCCGUUUUUCCAAUUUUUCUGGGAGCGGCCGAGCUGACCCCGGGGUCCGAGAUGUCCGAGCUGCCCCCCGACAGCGGUGUCCGGCAGACGGACGCGGCGAAUGGCCACCGCGACGCCCCGCGGGUGGAGGUAGGCGGCGGGAGGCUGGAGCCGGCCCCGGCGGGGCCUGCGGAGCCCGGGGAAGGUCCGGUGGCGGCGCCCGGGGAGGCCCGCGACGCACAGGUAGCCCGAGUGUUGGCGGAGCCAGCGGAGGAAGAGGGUGCGCAGGCCAGACCCCGAUCCCGGCCCGGGAACGGCCCGGGGCUGGCUGCGUUGCCGUACCUCCGCCUCCGUCACCCACUUAGCGUUUUAGGAAUCAAUUACCAGCAGUUCCUGCGCCACUACCUGGAACACUACCCGAUCGCUCCGGGCAGAAUUCAGGAGCUGGGAGAACGCCGCAGGAGGUUUGUGGAGGCCUGCAGAGCCCGGGAAGCAGCGUUUGAUGCCGAGUACCAGCGGAAUCCCCAGAGGAUGGACUUUGACAUUUUGACAUUUACGGUAGCCCUCACUGCGUCCGAGGUCAUCAAUCCUCUGAUAGAGGAACUUGGUUGUGACAAGUACAUAAGUAGAGAAUAGUCUGGUGGCGAAACCACUGCAGAGGGGAGCCUCUGUUUUCAAGUCUCACGCCAGUCCUGUCCCUCGAUUUUAGAAGGUCAAAGUGUAUGAGAUAAGGCGAGGCAUAGUUGCGGGGGGGAAGGGCGUUUAUCGCGACAAAGCCUCAGAAAAAUUCAAAGUCUUGUGACUCCUGUAACUGUUGAGUUUGGGGUUGAUACAGAGCCUUCUCCCUGUGUUGUGGAAAUGACUUUCAAAAUUGCUUCACUGAAAAGUGAAGGAUAGUUUUCAGGACAUUGAGACCCGAUGAAGAACUGUGGCCAGCAUCGGAGCCCAUGAUGACGAAAGAAACUCUCAAAUCGUGAUGGGGAGGAAUAAGGAGCCACGGCGGAGUUAUCCCGUGGAGAGACUGGAAGCCUAUGGCGAGAACUUGACAUUGCCCGAAUAUGUGCUCUGUUCACGUCAGGUUCAACAGAAGGUUUUAGCACAAGAUCGACUUUGUGUUUUGUGAAGCAUUUCAAACGGCAAGCAGUGUAACUUGUAUAUAUUACCUGAUAAACCUUGUAUUCGAGAAUA